CUUCAAGAGCUGGGGUUUACCUCCACCAUACACUACGUCGCCCAUCUAGCCGCCAGAGUGCUGCAGUGCACAGGACUGCUGCCGCACGUCAACGCCGGCACCAUGGGGGCGGCAGACCUUGUCCUUUUGCGCCACGUGGCGGCCAGCCAGGGGCUGAUGCUGGAGAGCACGGCAGAAGGGUUGAUGAAACCCGGUGGGGCCCACUGGGGGUGUCCGGAUAAGGAGCCAAGCGUGAGGCUGGCGACAAUUGAAGCUGCUGGUGUUGCCCGUAUACCCUUUACAAGCGGUCUCCUUGUGGGUAUAGGCGAGACAAGGGCCGACAGAUUAAGAGACCUGCUAACACUUCGAGACCUUCACUCCCGCUACGGGCACAUACAGGAGAUCAUCAUCCAGCCGUUCAGAGCCAAGGAGCAGACGAGGAUGGGGGUUUGGGGCCAUGCAGAGACGGAGGAGCUGCUGUGGAGUGUGGUGAUGGCACGGAUUGUGUUCGGGGCUCAUAUGAGCAUCCAGUCGCCACCCAACCUGAGUGUGGGGGACUUGGCUCAGCGCGCCCUUAUAGCAGCGGGGAUCAACGACUGGGGAGGGAUCUCGCCAGUCACCGUUGACUGGGUCAACCCUGAGGCCCCCUGGCCGCACAUUCACGAGCUGGCAUCAGUCACUGCAGCUUCUGGGAAGGUUCUCGUGCCUCGCCUGCCUGUUUACCCGAGCUUUUUGUCACUGCACAACCAAGACACGUGGCUGGAUCCCGUGGUCCUUCCUCUAGUGCUCCAACUCUCAGACAGUUCAGCCUACGCCAGGUGCCAGCAGUGGGCGCCAGGAACGCUGCUGCCCCUGCCACCUGGUGCAGAUGGCUUGCUGACAAGAGCAGCAGGAGCAGAGUCAGCAGCAGCAGCAGAAGGGAGAGGAUUAGCAGCAGCAGAAGCAGCAGCAGACGCAGCAGCAAAAGCAGAAUCAAGGGAGAUAUACGGAGGAGGAUGUAUAGCUGUAGGUGCAGAUGGGUUGCUGAUGGGGACAGAGAGACGUGCCCACGUGGCUGGUGAUGACGUGGACAUUACACCAAGUGACAAGCCCAUGCGGAUACAUGACGUGGCACGAGCAAGUGAUGACGUGGCGCGCAUUCUUGAACGCGCUCUGGAGGGACACUCGUUGUCUGAGGCGGAGAUAGUUCAGCUCUUCUCGGCACGCGGCACUGACUUCCACGCGGUGUGCCGCGCUGCAGAUGGGUUGAGAGCGGUGGUGAGCGGUGACGAGGUGUCAUACGUGGUGAAUCGCAACAUCAACUACACCAACGUGUGCACCUACGCCUGCCAGUUCUGCGCUUUCAGCAAGGGGAAAUCAGCCGAGAGUCUCAGGGGCCAGCCAUACCUCAUGUCACUAGAUGAGAUCAGAAGACGAGCCAAGGAGGCAUGGGAGCGAGGCGCAACUGAGGUCUGCAUGCAGGGAGGCAUACAUCCAGACUUUACCGGAGAAACUUACCUCUCCAUCCUAUCAGCCGUCAAGGCGGCAUGCCCGGACAUGCACGUGCAUGCCUUCUCGCCUCUGGAGGUGUGGCAUGGUGCCACCUCCCUCAACUGCAGCGUGCCACACUUUCUCCAGCUUCUGAAGAGUACGGGUUUGGGGUCCCUGCCUGGAACAGCUGCUGAGAUCUUGGACGACUCAGUGCGAGCCGUGCUGUGCCCAGACAAGAUCUCAACCGUCCAAUGGAGGGAGGUGAUAGAGGCCGCUCAUUCUGUCGGCCUCCCCACCACCUCCACCAUCAUGUUUGGCCACGUGGACCAUCCCAUCCACUGGGCACGUCACCUGCUGCUGCUGCGGUCCAUUCAGGAGCGGACAGGUGGCAUCACGGAAUUCGUCCCCCUUCCAUUCGUGCACAUGCAGGCGCCGGUGUAUCUCAAGGGCAGGAGCCGGCGAGGCCCCACAUUCAGAGAGUGUGUGCUGAUGCACGCGGUGGGGCGGCUGGUGCUGCAUCCACUCAUCACUAACAUCCAGGCCUCAUGGGUGAAGAUGGGAUUGGAGGGCGUUUCUUGUCUGCUAGCGGCUGGUUGCAAUGAUGUGGGCGGCACACUGAUGAAUGAGAGCAUCACAUGGGCGGCUGGAGCAGUACAUG